UCCCUGCCUGCUCUGCGCUGCCAGGAAGCCUCUGUCACCUGCUCGCAGGCAGCCGGGCCGAGCGGAGCCGGUACCCGAGGGCAGAGGGGAGGCAGCGGCGCAGGGACCCCGAUCCAGGCUGGGAUAACGGGGGUGGGCUCUGCCUUGCUCCGGGCUCGCAGGCAGAGGCAAAGGGAGUUCGGCUGCUGGAGAAUGGCAGCAGGAUUGAAGUAGGAAGUACCGGAUAACUGCGGGAGAGAACACACGGGAGCAGAGGGGACACGAGCGGCUUCGCAGCACCGGUGAGUGCCGUCCUGCGCACCCGAAGGCUCCACAUCCCCCUGCCCAGCGUCCGUCUGCUUCCGAAGGCCGGUGCCUGUCCUGUGAAGCGACAUGAGUCUGAAGGGAUCCCUCAGCAGCAACCCUGGCUCUUCAAAUGGCAGCAUGGGCAGAGCAGAUGGAGCCUCCAAGCUGAGUGCAAAGGACCUGUAUGAACAAAGGAAGAAAUACUCCAACUCCAACAUCAUCAUGCACGAGACAUCACAGUACCACGUACAGCACUUGGCCACCUUCAUCAUGGACAAGAGCGAGUCCAUCGUGACCGUGGAUGAUGCCAUCAGGAAACUCAUCCUGCUCAACUCCAAAGAGAAGAUCUGGACACAGGAGAUGCUGCUGCAAGUCAAUGACAAGUCCAUCCGCCUCCUGGACUGCGAGACACAGGAGGAGCUGGAGGACUUCCCCCUGCCCACAGUCCAGCAUUGCCAGACGGUGCUGAACCAGAUGCGCUAUUCAUCCAUCCUCCUCCUGGUGUGCCAGGAUUCCGAGCAGCACAAACCUGACAUCCACUUCUUCAACUGCGAUGAGGUGGAGGCGGAGAUGGUCCAUGAGGACAUCGAAAGUGCCCUGGCAGACCACAAGCAUGGGAAGAAGAUACGGCCACAGACACUCAAAGCAAACCAGGAGAAGAUCAGGCAGAGACAAUCCAUCCUGCCACCACCACAAGGACCAGCUCCUAUCCCCAUCCAGCACGACAUGCGAGGCUCAGCGAUGAACAGGAACCGGGUGGCACCUCCUUCCCAGCAUGAUCCAGACUAUGAGCGACGAGGCUCCGGCUGCCACGACCAUGAGGAGUCCAGAGCCAUCCUAGCACAGAAGAUAGAGAAGGAAACGCAAAUCCUGAACUGCACUCUGGAUGACAUUGAGGUGUUCGUGGCCAGGCUGCAGAAGGCUGCAGAGGCUUUCAGGCAGCUCAACCAGAGGAAGAAAGGGAAGAAGAACAAGAAGAAAGGGCCAGCAGAGGGUGUGCUGACCCUUCGAGCAAGACCCCCAAGUGAGGCUGAGUUCAUCGACUGCUUCCAGAAAACCAAACUGGCUUUUAACCUCUUGGCCAAGCUGAGGAAGCACAUCCAGAACCCCAGUGCCUCGGAGCUGGUGCACUUCCUAUUCGGGCCACUGGAACUGAUCAUCAGCAGCUGCGGUGGCCCCGAGCUCGCCAGGUCUGUCCUCAGCCCACUGCUUUCCAAGGAUGCCACAGACUUCCUCCGGGGACACCUCACACCAAAGGAGAUCAACCUCUGGGAAUCCUUGGGAGAGACAUGGACCAGAUCCAGAGCUGAAUGGCCGCGGGAAGCCAACAUUCCCACCUACAUCCCCAAGUUCCGCAAUGGAUGGGAACCCCCCGUGGAAAUCUUCCGUGGAGCUCCAUGGGAGAUAGACAUCGGACACCUGCAAGAGGAGCUCUCAUCAGCCAAUGGAUAUCCUUACCGGAACUCCUCUCUCAAGCGUGGCCAGAGCACUGAGCAGAGCCAGGCUGUGGAUGCCUUCAAGCAGAAUGUAACCCAGCAUGUAAAUAGGAAUUUUGAGGCCCAGGGAAUGGCUCCACCAAAGAGAUAUGCCAAAAUCCGCUAUGAUUUCACUGCCCGCAAUGCCAAUGAACUGUCAGUGCUGAAGGAUGAAGUCCUGGAGGUGUUGGAGGACAAUAAGCAGUGGUGGAAGCUGCUCAACCGGAGCGGGCAGGCUGGAUACGUCCCUUACAACAUCCUGGAUGUGGUGAAACUGGACGAGCUUGAACAGUCCAACCAGAGGUACAAAGGAGACCUGAGCCCCAGGGGAUAUGGACCAUCCAGCCCAACUCACAAGCUGCCUGCCAGCUAUGCUGGGGAUAAAUGGGGAAGCGAAAUGUUAUCCCGUAACUCACCCCAGGAUGCCAAAGAACAACUGAUUCACCAAAUGGAUGAGCUGAACGAUGAGCUGCUAAAGAAGAUCACAAACAACAAAAUUCAGCCUCCUCAUCGGAAUUUCAAAGUGGAAAAGCCACAGCAGGUUUUUGUGCCCCUCACCUUUGAGUCCAGCACUGAGGAAGUCAAAGCUUGGCUGGAGGCAAAGUCAUUCAGCAAAGAGACAGUGGAACACCUUGGGAUCCUCACCGGAGCCCAGCUCUUCUCCCUCAACAGGGAGGAGCUGAAGAAGGUGUGUGGUGAUGAGGGCAACAGAGUCUACAGUAAAAUCACCGUGGAGAAAAACCAGCUGGAGAAGAGCAGAGGGGAGUCUGAGCUGCAGGAGAUCAUGAAGCGCCGCCAGGAAAGGAUUGAUUCUGCUAAUUAAACCUCUGCUUUAGUUGAGCUCUUAGUCAUAGUAGUGCAGGAAAAGGGAAUGGCAGCAACAACCCCUGCUCCAGGUGAGGGACAGCAGUGCUGCACUUAGUGUGCAGCUGCCAUCACAGUGACACUUCCAUGAACACUGGUGAGAAGGGUAGACAGUAAGACCAUGUUCCAUUGGGAAAGGUGUUUUAAUAUUGCAUGGAGUAUUUUUUUUAUAUAACUAUAUAUUUUAUACUGAAAUUUUAUGUGCAUGCAGCAGAGCAGAAGAGAAUUCACACACAUGGCUGAAUGUCGGACAAUGGUUGGAUUUGAGCUAGAAACACCCCACAAAGCUUUCCUCAUAGGGCUGUCCCUGCUCUAACCCCCCUUGCUGGCAUGGCUUGGGAAGAGCAUGGCACACAUAGGGAAUGAGCCAGCCUGAAUGUUUGGUCUGGACCAUAGAUAUAAGUCUUUUCCCCCUCACUUUGCAUUUCCUUCUCCAUGGCCCUGCAGAGGCUCUGUGAGAACUCACUGUCCUCUUUCUGUGCCCCCAUGUCCCCUCUUGGAUCAAUUGCAGCACUCAGGAUCUAAGACUGGCUGCUCCCUUCCUGCACCAGUUAGUACUGUCUUCAGACAGUGGCAAUGGGCUUUCAUUACACAAUGAGCAGGAUCCAAGUGAUUUGAAGCUGCAAACAGGUGAGCUAAGGUCCAGCAGUAGGAAGACAUCAGAAUUUCUUCCUAAUGUCUCAUCUAAACCUUCUCUGAGUUUUCAAACCCAUUCCCCCUUGUCCUUUCCCUUCAGGCCCUUGUACAAAGUCCCUCCCCAGGGCCUGUAGGAACAGGGGUUGGAGCUGGAGGAGCUUUAAGGUCCCUUCCAGUCCAAACCAUUCCAUGAUUCUGUGCUCAUCCCUGCCUGCAAAGAGGCCAGGGCUCAGGGCAGCCUUGCAGCCCAUCUCCUUGGCACUGAACCUGAGCUGCAACACUGCCAAAGCCAGGCCUGAGACAAGCUGAAGGGAAGCCCCUGCUAUUUGCUCCCAACCUCAUCCCCACCUUCACCUUUUCAUUGCCAAGAGCAAUCUGAAAUGCUUCCUAAAUAACUGAAGAAACAAAAGCACAACUGGGAAAGGGUUUUAAUACAAGUAAAUGGCCACAAGAAAAAAACCAAUUUAACAGAGGCUGUUGCUCUUCACUUCCUUCUUUCCUUAAUAACAUUAUGUGCAGAUGCACAUGUAUCUAGUGAAGUACCCCCCAUUCUUACAAUCCAAAAUAGGCAUAAGCAAAAAUGCCCUUUCCCUAGAGACAAAAUGAGGGAUUAUGCACCAGUCAUUUAAUCAAAGCUUUAAAAGCUCAAACAAGCACCUAUCAGAUUUCCUGCCCACAGCAAGUUUGGCACAGGCUGCAUUUAGAUCUGGAAUUUACUUCCAAACCGACUUGUAGCAAAGCAAACACAUUUACAGGAGCUGCUCAUAGACCAUGAACACUUUGUCUCCUUCAUUCACACCCGUUAACUCUGGCUGAAUUGGAAGGCAGGUCCAGACUCCACAAAGACACACAUGUGCUUUCCUUUACCUGCUGUCAAUGGUCUCACCUCCUUUAAAGCCUAAGCACAUGCCUAAAUCUUUGCACAUUUAAUGCCAUGCUGCUGUGGAGCAGGGACUGGGGAACAUGUGUCUGAGAACACUGAUGCUCCUCUCAGUUUUGGGUUUGUUCUUCCAAAACGUGUAUCUUUUCCUCCUCUUGCAACAGGACAUGGUUAGCACCAGCUGGACGAGGGUGCAGGCAGGGAACUCACAGGGGAGGAGCAUGGUCACUGCUUCACUGCAGCAGCUGGAAUUGGCACUCAGCUUGUCAGGGAGGGAUGAAGAGGCCAAUCCUCCUGAGCAGCCCUGGCUCUGGGUUCAGGUGCAGAUGGGAAGCAGGUGUUGAAGCACAGGAGGCUGAAUCUCUUCUAAAACGGAAACAAAACCAACUGGUGAGGUAGGGAACACAGCAUCCUUCUGGGCUGUGGGUAUAGAGGAAGGAAAUCACACACAAUGAGAGUUACUUGGGAUUCUAACAGAGGUGGAAAGCUGGGAGCCACGGGGGCAUUUCAUGACAUACAUGUACCAGUAGACUUUAUGCAGAAGUCACUUUUACAAUCUCCAUAUGACUGAGCUGUGCAUCUAUUUGUACUGCCUGCAGAUAAAGCUAUAAUGUACUGUACAUUAAUGUAAUUGAACAAAGGAUAAAUGAUAUAACCAUGCACUGUAUAAGAUUUAUUAAAAUAGCUAAGUUAUAA